AUGGAGCUUUUAUCAGACGAAGGAUUCCGUUUCGACGGACGACGAGCAGCAGAAUUUCGAAAGAUUCAAGGUCGCCUGGGCGUUUUUGAUCACGCCGAUGGAUCAGCUAUUUUACAACAGGGAAAUACGAAAGUCUUAGCGGCGGUUUUUGGGCCGCGGGAGCCGAUGGCCAGCCAAAGGGGAGCUGUUAGCCAGGAGAGAUGUAUUGUUGAUGUUGAGUAUUCAAGAGCGGCUUUUGCUUCGGCGGAAAGAAAGAGAAGAGCGAGAGGUGACAAGAAAGCGCAAGAAAUUUCGCUCUCACUGAAGAAGACAUUUGAGGCUACAAUUCUGACUACUCUUUAUCCUCGCUCUGCCAUUUCCAUCUUUGUUGAGGUCCUUCAAGCUGAUGGAGGCGAUUACGCCGUGUGUGUGAAUGCAGCGACUUUGGCCUUGAUCGAUGCCGGCAUUCCCAUUCGGGACGUUUGCUGUGCUGUCUCAUGCGGCGUCGCUAUCAAAGAUAAUGUUGCCUAUUCGCUCUUGGAUUUAGCGUACUCGGAGGAAACAGCAAGAAUACCGACGAUUGUGGCUACUGGAAUGCCGAAGACGGGAGAGAUGGUGUUUUUUGAAGUGGAAUCACGACUGCACAUGGAUUAUUUUAGGGCUCAUCAAUGUAUUUGA